AUCGCGCACCCUUUUUCUCAUCUUCUCCUGCUUUUCAUUCUUGUCCGAAAAGUUUCUUCCUUUGCGCUCUGAAAAGGGUUCGCCGAAUCUUGGGUUAUUUCAGUUCUCAGACCUUGAUAUGGCAGUUAAGAUGCUUCCUCAGGUUGUUGCGAAUGCUUUUGUGAAGCAAUAUUAUGCGAUCCUCAAUAAAUGUCCAGAGAAUGUCCACAAAUUUUAUCAGGAGUCCAGCCUACUAGGCUGGCCAGGAUCUGAUGGUGUUCUGAAACCUGUGACAACCUUAUCUGGAAUUAAUGACAAGAUCAUGUCCUCUGAUUACAAGUAUUGUUCUGCGGAGAUCAAAACUACAGAUGCCCAAGAGUCUGUGGAGGGAGGCGUCAUAGUUGCAGUAACUGGUUCUUUGACUCGAAAGGAUAACGUGAAAAUGGAUUUUAGUCAGACCUUCUUUUUGGCCAAACAAGAAAAAGGUUUCUUUGUCUUGAAUGAUAUUCUUCGAGUUUCUGAUGUAUUCUUGUCAACAGCCAAUGCUCCUGCAGAUUAUGAUGGGAUAAAUGAUCAACAUGCUCCGUCUAUGCAGAGUUCUGUUCAUUCUGCUGUCUCUGAUAGCCCUACAUCCAUAUGUACCAAGGCGGUAGAAAAUGGACAGGUCAAGGAAUCAUUUGAUCCUCCUGUUGCCAAGGAAACAUUUGCAAAAGUUGCUGUUUCUACAUCUUCUGUUGCUUCAGCUGAAAAAGCGCCUUCAAUUGUUGCACCAGCUUCAAAUGAAAAAGUGCCUUCAGUUGUUGCACCGGCUUCAGAUGAAAAAGUGCCUUCAGUAAUUGCGCCGGCUUUAAGUGAAAAAGUGCUUUCAGUUGCUGCACCAGCUUCAAAUUCUACCCAGAAAAUCACCUAUGCUUCGAUGGUGGCAAAAGAGACGCCUGCGAUUUCAACAAGAACUGCAAGAGUUGCUUCAAAUGUUAAUAAACAAGUCGCUUCUCCAACAACCAAAGCAUCACCUCCGCUCGUUGACCGUGCACCAAAAGCAGCAACUCCCACCAGUGCCGUCCCCAAAGCAUUAGCUCCCUCAAACAAAGUCUCACCUAAUCCAGCUCCGCCUGGCAAUGGCUCACCUAAUAAUAGUGCCUACUCAGAAGCAGCUAGAGGAAUAUAUAUAGGAAGAUUGCCUUAUGACAUAACUAAACAAGGAAUCGUGGACGUCCUUAAACAAUUUGGGCCGGUUAGAAGAAAUGCAGAUACAAUCCAGAUUAGAAGACAUGAGGAUGGUUUCUGUUGUGGGUUUGUAGAGUUUGAAUCUGCAGAUUCUGCUCGUCGUGCAGUAGAGGUUCACCAUGUUAAGUUUGGUGAUAAAGAAGCCUAUAUCACUUACAAGAGAUCAUAUUCCAAUCGAGGCAACAACGGUGGAGGCCGGUCCCCAACAAGAGCUGGAUCCCGGAACAGCAAUUUCAGGGGACGGGAAAAUCAAGCCAGGGACAACAGUAGGUUUCAGAACGAAAACCGGGCUGAUCACAACAAGGGCCAAACUAGGGGUCGUCGACACAACAGGUGGCCCUCCGAUCAGUGGUCGAGGGAGGCCAGUCGGGAUCGCUAGUAUCGAGCUGCAUAAAAUCCCAUAUGCCUACAGAGAAAUAUAUAUUUAUGUGAUGCAACACAGUGAUUGAACUACAGCAUUUUGAAAUGAUAUUUGGCUUAAAAUGGUUCUUAGUUCACUUCUACUUGCAUACCUUGUCUCUGUUUCUGUGCAUUUGGGCUGAACCUCACCCAAUGGGCCGAGAGUGGUUAGGCCCAUUUGGGAAUAUUUAUAGUGUUUUAAAAUGGUAAUUUAAUUUUGUAGAAAGUUCAUUUCCAAAAUGCUUAUUGUUAUACCGAUAAUACCCUAAAUUUUAU